AUGUGGUGGAAGUUCAUCGUAGAGGUGACCAAUGAGUACAAAAUUCUCCGCGGCAUGAUCUCCUACUCGGCGCUCUGGCCAGCCGGAUGCCUCAUACAGCAAACGUUCGAGGGUAAGCGACUCAAAAACUAUGAUUGGGAGCGUUGUCUGCGUUACAGCCUGUACGGUACGUUCGUGUCGGCGCCCAUGCUCUACACCUGGAUGCGCUGUGCCAACAUUAUGUGGCCUCGGACGGACGUUCGGUCGUCGCUGGCGAAAGCGUUCACUGAGCAGGGUGCAUAUGACCCGUUCGCGAUCGUUCUGUUCUUCUAUGGCAUGAGCAUCCUGGAGCGCCGAUCGCAGCAGCAAGCUGGCGAAGAGGUUCGGUCCAAAUUUUGGGACACUUACAAGGUGGGAUUCUUCUACUGGCCAGUCGUGCAGACGUUGAACUUUUCGCUGGUCAAACCCAAGAACCAGAUUGUCAUUGCCGGAUUCUUCAGUCUCAUCUGGACAACAUUUUUGGCGUAUUCGAAAUCAAGCCAAAAGCAGCAACCGAUUCAACAGGUGGCGUAG